UCCAGUCGUCCACUGCUCCCCAUGCUGCUUCCCGACAUUCCCACAACGUCAGGCUUUCCCAAGGAGGUGAAGACUGUGCUGUGGACCCUCUCCACUGUCAUCGUACUCAUCGUCGUCGUGGCCGUCACCUUUGCCCUUCGAAUGCGAAACCGUGCACGUCGCUACUUGCACUACCAGGUGAGGUGGAGCGGUGUGUUUGCAGGUGCGAGUGUGGAGUGGAGGUGGGAUGAGGGCUAUGCUGCACAGUCUCUCACCUUCAUUCGUGCAUUGUUGGUUGCGUUUGUUGUGCCCCUGGCACUGCCUACCACUGAGUUACCUGUGACGCGCCAAAGUAGUGCAACAGCACCAUUGUGUGGUUGUCGAUGGGCAGACGAGCAAACUGUCACGCCAACACAUCGUCUGCCAAGUGGAUGGCAAUACACCAUGGGACCACGCCUCUCCGUUGCUUCAUCCCUCUUUCGACUGCGCGGAUCGGGAAGGCUGGGCCGGACACCCUGUGGUCUUAGAGGGACCUAUGGAACACAACCAGUGGCAGUGAAGCGGAUUCUGCGUCGCGUUGAGUUGGAGAAGAGUUGGCUGCGCGAGCAUCGUAUUCUCAUGAACCACCACCAUGAACACCUCAUUCGAUGCUUUUGGACGGUAAGGCUAUCUCAUUUAUAG